AUGGUAUUUAUCUGAAAUUUAAUUUAAGUGUGCUAAAUCAGAAUACUUAAAUACAACUGAAUCUUUCGCCAGGAUCUAAAAUGUUGAAAAAAUCACUACAAUUAAAAGUAUCAGUCUUUAAGUAUUUUUAAUCUCUAUCUCACUAAAAUUAGAGACUAAAAUUAGAAAAGUAAUUGAAAAUCAAACAAAAUUGAUAGAAAUUCUUAAGAUAGUUAAGUUGAAAAUGAUACAUGGAUAUAAAAUAGAAUCAAAGAAAUAAAUUUAAAGACCUAAUUAUGUAAUUAUGUGUAAUGAUUAAAAGUAAUUUGUUUAAUUUUAUAUAAAUUUGAUUAAGGAAAUGAAUUAUAAACCUAUAUCAGAUUAGCAAUCAGUAGAUAUUGUGGAAGACGAUGGUGAAUUAGAUGUUGUUAAUAUAAAAUAGAAUAAGAGAUUGAAUACAUAUAAUAGCAAGUUAAUCAUUGUAUGGAUUAUGAUUCUCAUAAUCUUAUUUGGAGGAAUUUUGAUAUAUGUAUCGAAUUAGGCAAAAGAGUAAAAGAAAGUAAUUCCAAAAGAGGAAACAAAAGUAAAUAUUACAAGUAAGAAAUAUCUCUAUUUAAAGUACCAAAAGUGUAAGACAAUAAAAAAGAUGACUCUAAUUUUGAUGGGCCUAAAUUGAUUGAUAUACAGGAUGAAAGAAAAAAAGAUGAAGAUACUGAUCAUAAUGAGGAUAAAGAAAUAUAAGAAGAAUAAUUAAGUAAAGAGGAGGAUAUUCCUCAGCAAAAUGUAAAUAAGAGUGAAUUAAAUCAAACUAUUGUAAAUGAAUCAUAAAUAAAAAAUCAAACAGUGAAUGGAACUGAGCCUCAUGCAAAUAAAGAUACACACAAGGAUAUUUAAUAAAAUAGAAGGAAUGAUGAAGUACUGUGUGAGAAAGGAUACUACAUGGAUAAAAAUUUAAAGGCAUGUAAAUAAUGUGAGGAGAAAUGUUCUGAAUGUAUGCACAUUACAGGAACUUGCUAUCGGUGUGAGGAGGAGGUAAUUAUUAUAUUAAUUAAGAGUAUUACCUUAACAUAUAUGGAAAAUGUAUAAACAUUUGUGAAUAGAAUCAGAAGAAACAACCCAAUUUACUAAUUUCAGAAGAAAAUAAGAAUUAGACAAUCCCAUUCUGUUUUGGGAAAAAUCAUAGCUCUUCUUUUUAUAUGGGAGUAUAGAAAUCGAAGAGCACACAUUUUGUGUUGCCCUAUUUGAUAAUUCACCCAGCAAAAUCAGUUUCUUAGGUUUAUCACAAUGAUUUCCCAAUUGUUUACUAUUUUAAUAAAGAUCUGUUCAAUUUUGAGGAAAAUAUCAAACUCUCAGACAUCGCUUAAGAAGCACAGGAGAGAUUAUUGAUAGUCAUAAUUGUAGGUAGUCAUACUUUGUACGAUUAUACUUUAUUCAACUCAUUCUUAUUCUAAAAUGCAAUUGAAAACAUAGAACAAAUUGUGAAAGCUAAGAGUACUACAUUCCGAUCAUAUUUUGGAUAGGAAUACAAUGGUUAUGGAGCGAUUAGAGAAUAUAUUUCUUAAUACAGAAAUAAUACAAUUGAUUUGAUAAUUUCUGAUGAUCCUUCUGAAUUGCUACAGUAAUUAGAUUCAUUCUAAAUUUAGUGAGGAAGUAGAGUUGAAUUAGUUGGUAACAUAAGAAAGACAUAUGACAGACUACAAUUUUGAAUCACUCUCAGGAGCUAAAUCAGACAAAUCUGUUUUAAUUGUAAUGCAAUAUACAAUGAAAGAUGAGAAUCAUCAUAAUAACUAAUGUGAUAGAUUUAAAUAUGUUUCAUUCGUGCAUUGUCAAAUAAGAGAAGUUUAGAUAAGUCACAUUCAAAAAAUGAAAUAAAACUUUGAAUUUAUAUCUUAAUUUGUUGUUUAGUUAAAUUUGGAAUGA